AUGCGCUUUUCAUCUGGAACCACAUAUUUUCCCUCGUGGUAUUCGGCGCUCCGCAGAAAAAGGAACUCACUGGCGCGGCUUCUGUUCGCAGACACGGAGCUGGCCAUCCUGGACGUGUGGGGCGGCGUGUCGGUGCUCAACGCGGAGAACCUCACGAUGCGCGAAUUGGUGCGCAACACCACCAUGCGGCAGUUCAACGCCGAUGCCUUUUCUGUGUCGGGGGACCAGACGUACGUGCUGCUGGAGUCUAGCGAAAAGACGAAGAUGGCUAGAUCGCAAGCGAACUUUCUUGCCCUACUUUUAUUGCUGGAUGAGAACAAAGCAAAGAAAGGCGAAAAUCUCAUCACCUUAUCUGGUCAAGACAGGCUUCGCUGA